CACAAAGAAGACGCAUGUAAUCCGCGUAGUAAGGCUACAUCAGGAGCUAUGUGUAGUCAGCAGGCAAGUUGAGGCGCUCUUCGCUGAUAGCAUGAUGCAUUACCUGCUUUGCUGUUUUUCCGUGCCUCUCAUAAGCACCCUCCAGGUGCUACGGAACGACCUUGCUUUCCUCACAUUCACUGGUGCUUUUAUUAACCUGGCAGUUUUCAUGCCAAUAGCAGUUCUAAGCCAACGGCUGUCCGAUGCUAGCAUCGCCGUGCGAAGUGGCGCCUAUACGGCCGCCAUGACUGUAAGGGGUGCGGAAACGGUACCAGUGCGUCAAGUUCUUCAACUCGUUCUGCUGGAGGCGGGAAGACCAGCGUGCCUCUCGAUCAAGGGAUUGGGUCCGCUCACGCUGAGUAGUGCGGGAAACGCAUUGCGGGCCUGGUUCUCCUUUACCAAUGUGCUCAUCAAAGUGGGGUAGUACUUGUGACGCCUGCACUACUCUAAUGUACAUGACGUGAACAAACAUAUACUUUUCGAAUGUGUAAAAACGUCUAUGAGGUGUUAAUGCCACUGUCUAUUUUAAAAAAGAAUACACUACCUGUAACUCA